AUGUCGGCAGCUGUCACUGUUGGCCGGCUUGCCUCUGGGCUGAGCGCCAGCCAAACCCUGGUGGAGCUAGAAUUGAGCUUCAACAUGCUCCUGGACACUGGAGCUGAGCACCUUUGCCAGGGCCUGAGACAGCCAAGCUGCAAGCUGCGGCGACUGUUGCUGGUCAGCUGCGGCCUCACGUCCAGCUGCUGCCAGGACCUGGCCUCCGUGCUCAGGUCCAGCCCCAGCCUGACCGAGCUAGACCUGCAGAACUAGAGCUAGAGCUAGAACAAGCUGGGUGACCUCGGCAUGAGGCUGCUCUGUGAAGGGCUCAGACAGCCUACCUGCCAACUCACACUCCUGUGGCUGGAUCAGACCCAGCUGAGCGAGCAGGUGACAGAGAUGCUGAGGGUCCUGAAGGAGGAGAAGCCUCAGCUGCGCAUCUCCAGGCACAGACUGAAGAUUCUUGGUUCUGGGGUCAUCUUGGUGACAUGGGUUCCCGUCUUGCACAUGUGCAGUGCUGUCUCUGUAAAAUAACUCAAGGCUGGAUUAAUCAAUCAACAUAUUUAAGGAGGCAAAACCAGUUUCAGCUGGAAGCCAAGUCUGACGAUCCCUAAUGAGGGCCCAGGUGGAGGAGGGACGAGUGAUAACAUGUCCUCACUCAAGCGGCAGAGACAAGAAUCAGAGGGAAGCUCCCCUCAAGUAGCACAGGUGGAACCCUUCUCUCCUGCCCCUCUGGGGGACCGACCCACGGAGUCUCUGGGGACCAAGGAUGACUUCUGGGGUCCCCCAGGGCCUGUGGCUACCGACGUAGUUGACAAAGAGAGGAGCCUCUACCGAGUUCACUUCCCUGUGGCCGGCUUCUACCACUGGCCCAACACUGGUCUCCGCUUUGUGGUGAGAGGGCCAGUGACCACUGAAAUUGAAUUCUGUGCCUGGGACCUGUUCCUGAACAGGACAUUCCCACAGCACAGCUGGAUGGUUGCAGGGCCUCUGUUUGACAUCAAGGCUGAGCCAGGAGCCGUGGCAGCUGUGUACCUCCCUCACUUUGUGGCCCUCCAAGGGAACUACGUGGACAUCCCCCUGUUCCAAGUGGCCCACUUCAAAGAAGAGGGGGUGCUCUUGGAGAAGCCAGCCAGGGCGGCGCCAUAUUACACCAUCCUGGAAAACCCCAGCUUCUCGCCCGUGGGAGUUCUACUGAGGGUGGUCCACGCUGCGCUGCGCUUCAUUCCCAUCUCUUCCACCGUGUUGCUCUACCAUCACCUCCAUCCUGAAGAAGUCACCUUCCACCUCUACCUGAUCCCCAGUGACUGCUCCAUUCCGAAGGCCAUAGAUGAUGAAGAAAAGAAGUUCCACUUUGUGCGAAUACACAAGCCGCCCCCGCUGGCCCCGCUCUACAUGGGCUCCCGCUACAUUGUGUCUGGUUCGGAGAAGCUAGAAAUAAUGCCGGAGGAACUAGAGCUCUGCCAUCGGAGCCCCAGAGAAUCCCAGCUGUUCUCUGAGUUCUGCGCUGGCCAUUUGAGGUCAAGGAUCAGGUUGCAAAUGAGAAACAAGAAAGAUGGGACUAGGACUUCUCUGAAAGAUGGGACUGCGGUAUGGGAAGCCUUGGUGAAACCAGGAGAUCUCAGACGUGCAGCUGCUCUGGUCCCUCCAGGCCCAAUAGCCUCACCUUCAUCCCCAGAUACCCUGGGCUUGCUGCACUUUGUGGACCGGUAUCGGGAGCAGCUGGUGGCUCGAGUGACACCUGUGGACCCCGUCCUGGAUAAGCUGCAUGGACAUGUGCUGAGCGAGGAGCAGUAUGAGGGGGUGCGGGCCGAGGCCACCAAGCCAAGUCAGAUGCGGAAGCUGUUCAGCUUCAGCCGGUCCUGGGACUGGGCCUGCAAAGAUCGCCUCUAUCAAGCCCUGAAGGAGACCCAUCCUCACCUAAUCAUGGAACUCUGGGAGAUAUGGGGCAGUGGAGGAGACCCGGCGGGCUCCUGA